AUGGACCCGGCACAGCUCCGCAACAUCGCAGCCCAGUUCGGCGGAGGAGGGGCGCAAGGCGGCGUCGCAGGGGACAUCCCGACCAACGACAAUGCAGAGACGGUCCACAUCAGCAGUCUGGCGCUGCUCAAGAUGCUGAAGCACGGACGGGCAGGAGUGCCGCUGGAGGUCAUGGGGUUGAUGUUGGGAGACUUUGUGGACGAGUACACUGUGCGGGUAAUCGACGUCUUUGCGAUGCCUCAAAGCGGUACGGGCGUGUCGGUCGAAGCGGUGGACCCGGUCUUCCAGACAAAGAUGCUCGACAUGCUCAAGCAGACAGGACGACCAGAGAUGGUCGUCGGGUGGUACCACUCUCACCCCGGGUUCGGAUGCUGGCUGUCGAGCGUUGAUGUCAACACGCAACAAUCCUUCGAGCAGCUCAACCCCCGCGCCGUGGCCGUCGUCGUCGACCCGAUCCAGUCCGUCAAGGGCAAGGUCGUGAUUGAUGCGUUUCGGUCCAUCAACCCUCAACAGGUCAUGAUGGGUAUCGAGCCGCGACAGAGCACGAGCAACGUCGGACACUUGCAGCAGCCUAGCAUUCAGGCUCUCAUCCACGGCUUGAACCGACAUUACUACUCGAUCGCGAUCGCCUACCGCAAGACCGACCUCGAGCAGAGCAUGCUGUUGAACUUGCACAAGAAGGAUUGGACUGAGGGACUCAAGUUGCGCGACUGGCAGGCAAUGAAGAAGGAGAACGAGGAGAGCAUCAAGCGCAUGCUGCAACUCGCACAAACAUACACUGCGUCGGUCAAGGAGGAAGCGACGCUGACCCCGCAGCAGCUCAAGACACGGCACGUCGGCAAGCAGGACCCGAAGCGGCAUCUCGAGGAGGCUGUCGAAAAGGCGAUGGGCGACUCGAUCGUGCAGAGUCUGGGGACGAUGCUCUCGCUCGGAGCGUUGUAG